CACACUCGAGUAGAUAGAGAGCAGCGAGGAGCAGAAGGAGCUGGAUGGCAGGAGGAAGGCAGGAGCGCCGAUUGUGAUUGAACAAAGCCAGGAGAGGAGUGCGCAGUCCUGGGGAGAAAAGCAGCUGUGAAAUGCCUGGAAGGGAGCCCGCCAGCAACUCCUGCAGAGACCUGAAGGUGAGCUUCAGCUGAGGAUGGCAGGAGACUCUCAAGUCCUAAUGGACCACAACAUGGAGAUAGGAGUGACACCUGAACAGGUGAAGAAGCUUCCCAAACACUUGAGGGAGGCUCAGAUCUCAACAGAGCGAACCCACUUGAUUUCUGACCCUGCAAAGAAGCCACGUCAGCGGUACGUGCAGAAAGAUGGAAAGUGCAACGUUCACCACGGAAACGUGCAAGAGACCUACCGUUACCUCAGUGACUUGUUCACUACGUUGGUGGACCUACGCUGGCGUCUUAGUCUCUUCAUUUUCACACUGGUCUACGUUGUCAACUGGCUUUUCUUUGGGUUUCUGUGGUGGCUGAUCGCGCUCAUCCGCGGAGACCUGGUACACGGUGACGAGGAGGGCUGGACCCCCUGCGUGGAGAACCUUAACAGUUUUGUCUCAGCCUUCCUAUUCUCCAUUGAAACGGAGACCACCAUCGGGUACGGUUAUCGUGUAAUCACAGAAAAAUGCCCUGAAGGUAUUAUACUGCUAUUGGUGCAGGCCAUCUUGGGUUCCAUUGUUAACGCCAUGAUGGUGGGCUGCAUGUUUGUCAAGAUCUCACAGCCAAAGAACCGUGCCGAGACCCUCAUGUUCUCACACAACGCCGUCAUAUCGGUACGAGAUAACAAGAUGUGCCUGAUGUUUAGGGUGGGCGACCUGAGGAACUCUCACAUUGUGGAGGCGUCAAUCAGAGCAAAGCUGAUCCGCUCGCAGCAGACCAAGGAGGGGGAGUUCAUCCCGCUCAACCAGACUGACAUCAACAUCGGCUUCGACACGGGAGACGACCGACUGUUCCUGGUGUCACCACUUAUCAUCUCUCAUGAGAUCAACGAGAAGAGCCCCUUCUGGGAGAUGUCCCUGGCACAAAUGGAGAAGGAGGAGUUUGAGAUCGUGGUUAUCCUCGAGGGCAUGGUGGAAGCCACAGGGAUGACAUGUCAGGCAAGGAGCUCCUAUCUUGACACUGAAGUGCUGUGGGGCCACCGCUUCACGCCGGUUCUGUCCCUGGAGAAGGGCUUCUAUGAGGUAGACUACAACAACUUCCACGAUGUCUAUGAGACCAACACCCCCACCUGCAGCGCCAAGGAGCUAGCAGCCAAGCUUCGAGAUGGGCCGCUAUUGCCUCAGCUGUCGCUCCUCAGCCCCGAGCCUAAAAUGCAUACUUUUGACCCCCUGAACCGCCUGUCGAAGCAGGAUCCGCUAAGCCAGGAUGAGGAGAAGGAGGAGAGGGAUUCAGUGGGUGACAGAGGAGAAACCAAUGGCUCAGCAGCUGCUUUGGAGGAGCCGCCCCUUGCUGACGGACUGCCUGCUUGACUGGCCACGUCAGCAAAUAAAAAAGAAUAACUACAAAAAAAAAAAAAAAACAGGACUGGACGAGAGGACGUGACAACAUAAUGCUUCAUUUAGUCAAUGGCCAGCUUGUUCCAUUGCAGCUCGUGGAGAUAUAAGAAACCUGUCUCCAGCUCCCAACUCAUGCAAUACUCCUCCACUAGAGUGGCAAUCUAUAGUAUAGAUUGGUUUUGUAGACAAGUAAGUGCACAUACAGAGAAAUGUACAGUAUCUAUAUCUGAAACGUUCGUGGUUCGGGUUGCCUUUUUAUAAUCGUAACGACCACUUACUGCUAUAAACACAGCAGCUCAAGUUGUAUAAUGUAAACUUGAGCUGAAACCGGUAGCCAUGACAGCGCAUCACGGGCUUAUUAUGGAUACUCCAAUAUUCUCAUUUUAGAGUGUGUUAAUUCAGCUUCAUUAGGGGAGAGUCUUGUAACUCAGCUCAUGUGUCUGACAGCAGCUUCUGCUAGGUAACGGAGCCUCACUACUGAAGGGUUCCUUUUCUUUCUUUUUUCAGUGUGGGAGACUAUUAUUAUUUCCUGUCUCUGUCGGUGUUGUUACUCUGUGUCAGAAAAUCCCAUUCACCCAUUCAGGAAAUGUACAAGGCUUCUAGUUUUCAAGAGAGGGCGAGAGGCCUUUUGUUUUCUUUGCCGCCACCUUUCCACACAGUUGUACUGUCGUAAGCGCUCUCAUUGUGUGUGUCUGAUAGAGUACCCAACACACAGGGAGCCUUGACCCAAAAGAAACCAGCUAGUACCUCAUUUUAUACUCAUUUUCAGGGUUUUAAAUUGACAUUAAGAACUAGGCAAAUGCUGGUAAAAGAUAUCUUUGCGGCUCACUUGACUCUUUUGAAAAGUUUAUAGCUGGUUAAAGAUUUAAUUCCCCUUCCCAUCACAGCUGAAAUAUUCAUUUUGACCCUUUUUCUUGGCACAUAAAGCACAAUUUCCCAUGAGGGUUCCCCAACGCUGACCUAACCAUCCACCAACCCACCGGCUAAUGCAUGUCAGUCCUAGUUAAACGUGGCAUUCAAAUGUAGAUUCAAAUAUUUAUAUGGAAUAUUUAUGCUCAACUUCUAUUUGAAACGUUCUUGAUUUUUAUACGCCGUACGGAUGAAUAUUUCAAAUGCUCCACAAGCUAAACGAAAUCCUCCACGUAUUAUUUUAUGUUUGUUUUGCUUUAGUUUUAAAUAUUUAAGAGAUUCAUUGUGGAUAUUUUUCACUUGGAGCAGAGUGUGGCUGAUGAUAGGAACAGGUUUUCAGUCUUAUUUUAGUAUCCGGCCAUCUCAACACUUGCCUUUUUUUGGUUACGAUCACCACUUUUAGCUUUCGCCUUAUGAUUUGAAGUCUCUUUUAUCAACAUACACUUGGUUGAAUAUGCACGCUGGCCCUGUUCCACAAACCAACUCUUGAGAUUUUGCUUGAUAUGCAGUAUUUUGUUAGCCUUGACUACUAAUUCUAAGAUGACCUACAAGGGCCAUGAUCUACAGUAUUUUUUUAAAACUUUAAUUUAAAGGAAGAGUUUGCAUGCACAAAUCAGCCCUCGUCUCCCCCUUCGUUCAGUUCAAUGCAGAAACAAAUACAGGGUAUUUUCUAGGCAUGCAAAUUAUGAGAUUUCUACAGUAUAUUAUCCGCUAAUGUAUUCAUAUCAAGUCAUUACUUGUUGAAAGAAAAAAAGAUCCUUGAUACUUCAAUCUCCCUCCUGUCAUUAAAAAUGUUUAAAUUGCAUUUGUUUUUGUUUGUUUUUUUAAAAAAAACUGAACUUUGUUCGUCCAUUCAGUGUUUUUAUUUUCACUGUGACAUUUUGCACCUUACUAUGUAUACCAUCUGCUAACAAUACGUUUGUCAUUAGAGAGAGAUCAUCUUUCAUUGCUGGAAUGUCAUCUGUUUUCUGUGUGUUCUCAUGGGAAUAAACAUAAUAUGGCUCAAAGAA